AGGAGGAGGAGGAGGAAGAGAAGAAAGGGAGGAGAAAAAGAAAGAAAGAUGUAAGAAUGAAGCUAGAGAGCAGUUCUAUUGAAAAAGUUCUGGGGAUACCAGAUAGAACCCAAAAUAAAAAUAUGGCAGAGUGUGACUUGGUUCCCCAAAAACUUUAUGAGGAUUUGGGCAUACAGCCUAAAAUGAGGGAGACAGUUACCGUAUUGUCCUCUGUCCUGAUCAGACCACAUCUGGAGCAACAGAUACACACAUAAGAAAAUACAAUUUUCAGCAGUGGAAAGAGGUGUGACUCUCAAAUCAGAAGAGACCUUGGUUGGAAUUGUUCAUGGCUCUGUGAUUAUGUGAUCUUGGGCAAGUCUCUUCAUCUCCUGGGUUUCAGUUUUCUCAUUUAUAAAAAUGAGAGGAUUGUACCAAAAAGUCUGUAGUGGGACUGAUUUGGGGGGAGGAAGAGAGGGAAGCAAUGACCACUGGGACAUUGAGAAAAUCCUUGUAUUCCUCACUUCCGCUCCAGGGUAGCAAGGAACGGUUUCACUGGCAAAGUCACAAUGUGAAGCAGAGUGGUGUGGACGACAUGGUGCUGCUCCCCCAGAUCAACGAGGAUGCCAUUGUGAGCAACCUCAAGAAACGUUUCUUGGACGACUACAUCUUUACCUACAUUGGCUCAGUUCUCAUCUCUGUUAACCCCUUCAAGCAGAUGCCAUAUUUCACUGACCGAGAGAUUGAGCUGUACCAAGGAGCGGCUCAGUAUGAGAACCCGCCACACAUCUAUGCCCUCACGGACAAUAUGUAUCGAAACAUGCUCAUUGACAGUGAAAACCAGUGUGUCAUUAUCAGCGGAGAAAGUGGGGCAGGGAAGACGGUAGCUGCCAAAUACAUCAUGGGCUACAUAUCCAAAGUUUCUGGAGGGGGAGAGAAAGUCCAGCAUGUAAAGGACAUCAUCCUGCAGUCCAACCCACUGCUCGAAGCCUUUGGGAACGCCAAAACCGUUCGCAACAACAACUCCAGCCGUUUUGGCAAGUACUUUGAGAUCCAGUUCAGUCGAGGAGGGGAGCCAGACGGUGGGAAGAUCUCCAACUUCCUCCUGGAGAAAUCUAGAGUGGUCUCACAGAACGAGAGUGAGAGGAACUUCCAUAUCUACUACCAGCUGCUAGAAGGUGCCUCCCAGGAGCAGCGGCAAAACCUGGGCAUCAUGACCCCUGACUACUAUUAUUACCUCAACCAAUCUGACACCUACAAGGUGGACGGAACCAAUGACCUCAAUGAUUUUCACGAGACUCUGGAAGCCAUGCAGGUCAUCGGGAUCCCACCCAAUGUCCAGCAGCUGGUCCUGCAGAUCGUGGCUGGAAUCCUACAUCUGGGCAACAUUAGCUUCUGCGAAGAGGGCAACUACGCCAGAGUGGAGAGCACAGACUUGCUGGCCUUCCCUGCCUACUUGCUGGGCAUCGACAGCGGGCGCCUCCGGGACAAACUAACGAGCCGCAAGAUGGACAGCCGAUGGGGUGGCCGGACGGAGUCCAUUAAUGUAACCCUGGGCGUGGAGCAGGCCGCCUACACGCGGGAUGCCCUGGCGAAGGGGCUCUAUUCCAGGCUUUUUGAUUUCCUGGUGGAGGCCAUAAACCGAGCCAUGCAGAAGCCACAAGAAGAAUACAGCAUUGGAGUGCUGGAUAUCUAUGGCUUUGAAAUAUUCCAGAGAAAUGGCUUUGAGCAGUUCUGCAUCAACUUUGUGAAUGAGAAACUACAGCAGAUUUUCAUCGAGCUGACACUGAAGGCCGAACAGGAGGAAUAUGUUCAGGAAGGCAUCAAAUGGAGCCCCAUCCAAUACUUCAACAACAAGGUUGUAUGUGACCUCAUCGAGAACAAACUGAAUCCUCCGGGCAUCAUGAGUGUGCUGGAUGAUGUCUGUGCCACAAUGCACGCCACGGGUGAUGGGGCCGACCAGACCCUGCUGCAGAAGCUACAGGGGGCCGUGGGCUGUCACGAGCACUUCAACAGCUGGAAUUCGGGCUUCAUCAUCCACCACUAUGCAGGCAAGGUCUCCUAUGAUGUCAGCGGUUUCUGUGAACGAAACCGAGAUGUUCUCUUCUCAGACCUCAUCGAGCUUAUGCAGAGCAGCGAACAUGCCUUCAUUCAAAUGCUCUUCCCCGAGAGAUUGGACUCAGAGAAGAAGGGCCGGCCCAGUACUGCCGGCUCCAAGAUCAAGAGACAGGCCAAUGACCUGGUGGACACUUUGAAGAAGUGCACACCCCACUAUAUCCGAUGCAUUAAGCCCAAUGAGACCAAGAGGCCCCAUGACUGGGAAGAAAGCAGGGUGAAGCAUCAGGUGGAAUAUCUGGGUCUGAAAGAAAAUAUCCGCGUGCGCCGCGCUGGCUUUGCAUACCGCCGAGUCUUCUCAAAGUUUCUGCAGAGGUACGCCAUCCUGACUCCGGAGACGUGGCCGCGAUGGCGCGGGGAUGAACGCCAGGGGGUGCAGCACCUGCUCCGCUCUGUCAACAUGGACCCCGACCAGUUCCAAAUGGGGCGCUCCAAGGUCUUCAUCAAGAACCCAGAGUCGCUCUUUCUGCUGGAAGAAAUGCGAGAACGCAAGUUUGAUGGCUUUGCCCGCACCAUCCAGAAAGCCUGGAGACGCCAUGUAGCCGUGAGAAGAUACGAGCAAAUGAGGGAGGAAGCUUCCAAUAUCCUGUUAAACAAGAAGGAAAGGAGAAGGAACAGCAUCAACAGAAACUUUGUGGGCGACUACCUGGGGCUGGAGUCCAGGCCUGAGCUUCGCCAGUUUCUGACCAAGCGUGAACGGGUAGAUUUCGCAGACUCCAUCACCAAGUAUGACAGGCGUUUCAAGCCCAUCAAGCGGGACCUGAUUCUGACCCCUAAGUAUGUGUAUGUGAUCGGGCGGGAGAAAGUAAAGAAGGGUCCAGAGAAGGGACAGAUUCAAGAGGUUCUGAAGAAGAAAAUGGAAAUCCAGACCCUCCGGGGGGUCUCACUCAGCACCAGACAGGAUGACUUCUUUGUUCUCCAUGAAACCGGGGCAGAUAACUUCCUGGAGAGCAUUUUCAAAACAGAACUCAUCAGCCUCCUGUGCAAGCGUUUCCAAGAACUCACUCACAACACCCUGACCCUGACUUUCAAUGACACACUACAGUUCCGGGUGAAGAAGGAAGGCUGGGGUGGAGGAGGAACCCGGACCAUCACUUUCUCCCGAGGUCCAGGAGAAGUGGCCACCCUCAAAGCUAGUGGCAAGAACCUGAUGAUCAGCAUCAGUGACGGACUUCCUAAAAACUCCAAACCAACAAAGAAAGGCCCUCCACAAGGCCAGAGGAGGAGACCCGCACCAGUGCGAGCAACCCCAGCUCCCUCUAGAGGGCCAAUUCAGAGUAGGGCUCCCCACAUGGCCCACAGCGGCCCCUCCCCCUUGGAACAGAUGUCAAGGGGGAAUAGCCCACGGAUGCAGCGGGGGCCUCCUGCCACAGCUCUGGGCGGGAGCCGACGGCCCCACAAACGACCUCCCUCUGAACACAACAUGGAAUUCCUCAAUGUGCCUGAUCAGGGGAUGGCUGGGAUGCAGAGAAAGCGAAGCAUUGGGCAGAGGCCUGUGCCAGGGGUGGGAAGGCCCAAGCCUCAGCCCCGAACGCCCGGUCCACGGUGUCGGGCCCUCUAUCAGUACGUGGGCCAAGAUGUGGAUGAGUUGAGCUUCAACGUCAACGAGGUCAUCGACAUCCUGCUGGAGGAUCCAUCAGGCUGGUGGAAAGGCCGCCUGCAUGGCCAGGAGGGCCUUUUCCCUGGAAACUACGUGGAAAAGAUCUAAGGCCCCAGGAAAUCUGGGACUCCAAAUGGAAUUCUUUCCAGCCCUUCCUACCUGGCCCAUCUCUGCUCCAAACCCCUUCCCGGGGAGCUGGGACCCCCGUCUUGUCUCCUCCAUGCCAUGAAAGUCUCAGAAGCCUGGCAGCUAUGAGGGUGCCUUGAGGCCUCUGGGUUUUUUCCAUGAAGAACUGAGUCCCCCGAGAAAUUUCUCUUUCCCUUCCUGACUCUGGCCCUCUUUCCCGGGCUCUCACUGAGAGGAGCCAAAUACCCGUCCUUCCUCAGGGAGGAGGAGCAGGGCAGGCAGGAUAGACCUCUUCCUGACCAGACCCUUCCAGGAUGAAACCUGGGUUUGGGGGCGAGAACAGAGACCAAGGACAAGGGACUGAGAGCCAUUAAAGGAAGAGCUCAGAAACAGCGUGUCUACUAACAGUCAACAUGGCGUAGUGUCUUUCUUCCUAAGGUUCCUAAGCCGGUAACCUGAACUCAAGCCGCCUCAGAGACUAGCUGUGUGACCCUGGACAAGCCUUUUAAUCUGUUUGCCUCAGUUUCCUCAACUGUAAAAUGGGGAUAUUAAGACUACCUACCUCUCAGAUUAGUUGUGAGAAUCUGAAGAAAAUCUAACUAAAAAAUACUUGGCAAGCCUUAAAUCGCUGAAUGCUAAUUAUCCUGAUGACGAUUCCAAAUGUGAUUUCAAAUCUCUGAGUGCCCAGGCUCAAGCCCAUGGCAGGGGCCUGGAAGAUCAUCAAGCUCAAAUUUCUCGUGCUGCAGAUGGGGAAAUUGAGACCCAAAGUGGAAGAGACCCAAGGUCAUCUAGUACAUCCGUGGCAGAGCUGGGAUUUGAACUUGAUUCGCUUAACUAUAAACCCAGUGCUGUUCCCAUUCUACCACUCAGGAAAAUAUUGCUUUUAUCUCCUUGGGGUAAAGCCCUUCUGGUUUGGGGGACUUUUACUCCAUCUGAAGGACAUUGGACUCAAUGACCUGUAAGAUCCCUUCCAAUUUUAAAUCCUAUGAACCCGUGGAUGUCUACCGACCCCAAAUUCUAUAGACUAUUCCGAUUUACAAAGUAUUUUCAAAAAUUGGUAGCAUAAAAAUAACCCAUAGGGGCCCCUUCACCAUAGAAUCUUAUUUAGCUACAUCAAGUUCUAUUUUAUUUUAAAAGUGAAGAUCCUUGCAAAAUCUUUGCUCAGGAGCCUCCUCCAGCAUAUUUUACUUUUUCCAGCAAGCCAAAUGACCCAAUAACAAAACCUUAAAUAGUAAAUAAGGUGAUAAAACGUUGCUCCCUUCCACCACGAGAUCCCCUUCCCACAAAUGCAUCUGACUCAGCAAAAAGAAUGGGGCUUUCACAAGAAUUACACAUGGAAUUUUCACACAUGGGGAAUCCGCGACCACAUUGGGGAACAAAGGGCACCUAAAUAAAGGAAGGAAGAAAGAAUUUAUUAUGUGCUUGACUAUGUGCAAAGCACUGAGCUAAAUAUUUAGGAUACAAAUAGAAAAAUAAGACAUUCCCCAAUGGAAUAUUUCACAUUUUAAUGAUGGAAACAAUACAUGUGGAAGGUUUAACUUUCCGAAUUUUCAAAUCCCUUUCAAUCUAUUUUUUUUCAUUUCCUUUUUUUUUUCUUCCUUUCUCUCCCUUUUCUCCCUUUUUCUCACAGGCUGCUGCAGUCAGCCAGAGACAGAGAGAGAGAGAGAGAAAGAUUUUUCAAACUUCUUGAUAUUUUCUAAGCCUGCAACACAGAGGCUGAAUCCUUAUCUCUUACAAGCUUAUUUUAACUUUUAACACAGACACACACAAACAAACAUGGAGCUCCAAUUUACUAUGCACAGUUGCAACGUUGUUUUCCAACCAACAACAUAACAAACCACACAGAACAUAGAACACACAUCACACAGACUACACAGUUACACCAUUAAGCAAACAUAUAACAUACCCAGUAUUCUCCAGCGUCCCAGAAAAUACCCGUCUCAGAAUUUUAAGCCCGUCGGUAUUUAUUCUGAGACCACAGGUUGCUAGCAACAGAACAGACCAGAAACAGAACCAAAACCAGAUGGUACCCCAAAAGGUACCCAGACAUACUUACUCUCCCAAAUGCCGAAUCAAAUGCCGAAUCGAUUUCGUUGUCCAAUGUAGGCCGGACUGAGGCUGAAGAACCGCUUCAAGGAACAGACCCAGGUCCUGAGCCCCCCUCAGGUCUAGGUGGAGACCGAGAGAUCUCUAAUCUCUAAUCCAGUUCUCAGUUUCUAUUAUCUCGGUGGGACCUCCAAAUUGUAAUGCCGGAGAAACUGAGACAGGAGAGAGAUUAGAGAGUUUUUAAUAUUUUAUUAAUGGGAGAGUAAGAUUGACUGAACAGGACUCUCGUCUCAGAUUAUCCAGUCAGACAGAGAUAAGUAUACUGGGACCAAGGAAUCCAUAUUGGUCCCAGGGCUGGAGGACCCAAAGAAUCCAGCGUCCAGCAUACAACUGCCAGAUGCCAUUCUCCAGCCAUGAAUGGAAGAACAACAACUUCUUAAAUACCUUUUUGGAGACAAAGAAGAGAAAGGGAGGGAAGGUUUUUUUAUCAGGGAGGGGAAGCCAUAAAACCUAAAAAUUCCAGAGACAAAGAAGAUAUCAUGGGUUGGUCUUGGAAUAUUCUAAAGGAAUAUUGUAAAUCCAUAAAAGAAUCAGGAGAUCUACUCUUUUAUCUUGCUAAUUUAUAACCCGAGAGCGAAUAAUCCUUAGUUUUACUGGGUCAGAGACAGAACAGUUAAGGUAACUGAGACAGGGAAACUGAGUCAGGACAGUUAAAGAAAACUGUGGCAUAACAUUAGCUGUGAAUCAGAUGGAAAAAUCCCGUGGUCCUUAGACUGCAGCAGCAAAGUAGAGGCUAAUGCUUCUUUAAUGUCAUUUCCACUUAUUAAAAAAAUACAUCAUCAGUUCUUGACACUGAACUAUCUGGCAGGCUCAAGGAUUUUGGUGGCAAAAACUUUCUUUUCUAGGUCUUCAGUGGCUGUGACUACAGCCCCUGUAGGAGCAUUUAUCAGUCUGCAUCUCCAUAAAAGGGGAAUAUGGGAGCAAGGAACAUAUUCUGGGAAGGGAAAUUCAUGCUCUAGACACUCCAAAACCACCAUCAUUUCCCACUGGUGUGAUCAUACUGAUGUGGGAAAGAUUCUUUCUAGAUUCCCACCCUCUUCUAGUUAAUAAUGUAAAUUGCCCUUUAACUCGCAAAUCCUGGUCCCUUUGAAUUCCAAUAGAUCUGACCUGUUCCCAGCCCCACCCGGAUCUGAGCCAACUUUGGGGCUACACCCGAAAGCCCCUCGAGCUAAGUCUCCUAUUAUAAAAAGGCCACGCUGGGAACCCCUCUUUGCAGAGAUUCCAAACAUGGUAGCCAUGUGAGGACCCUCUGUCCACUGGACCCUCUGUCCAGUGCCCUCCUUAUCUCUACCUUCACCUAUCUCCUUACUUCCAAACCCAAUGAUAAACCUCUUUUAUCAAUCUAACUCUCGAGCCAAUAAAUGCUUUUAUUGGGGACUCCUGCCACUACUAUUUAACGCCGUAUUCUUGCACCAAAUCCAAGGGGGUUGCAGGGGAGCUUUGCUUGACUCCCUCUAUCCCAAACCUACCAUUAGACCUUAACUAAACCCUAAUUUCACUUAGGUACCCCAAAUCUAGACCUCAACAUAUGGUUCCCUGACUGGGAAUCAAACCCCGGCCGUGGCAGUGAGAGCGCCGAAUCCUAACCACUUGAUGAGGACAAUGCAGCCUCACCCAGAAGCAUCUGCAUCUCCUUAUCAAUACUGACUACUUCCUGGUAGAUUUGUACCCUUCUAGUCUGCUCUAAGCUGUUCUUUGUCAGGUGCUAAUCUCUACUCUAGUUGUCCCUGCUGACUAUCUUCAGUCACCUUGGUUCUUGAUCCUCCCUGUGAUUAAUAAAGUUUUCUUAAGCAGAGAA